AUGAGACUCGUAUCCCUCCAGCCGUCCCUCCAGCCAUCCCUCCUGACUUAUAUCCAUUCUUCUCCCACAAGCGUCAGGGGAUUCUGGGCCACCUGCCCUUCCCUCUCCACCAUCUACUUCCUCCUCCUCAUCUUCGUGGUAUCCAUCAUCUUCCAUUGCCACCAACACCUGGCUCUGGUGCCCGCCCCCUGGGCUCCUGUCCAUGUGGUCAUGGUCCUCAAACACCUUCCCCGGGAGGGCAUAUUCACCAUCAACUGCAAAGGACACUUGGGGAACCAGAUGGGCCAGUAUGCCAGGCUGUACUCCCUGGCCAAGAUGAACGGGCGGCCUGGCUUCAUCCCGGCCCAGAUGCACAGCACGCUGGCCCCCAUCUUCAAAAUCACCCUCCCCGUCCUGCACAGCAGCACGGCCAGCAGCAUCCGGUGGUGGAACUACCGCCUGAACGACUGGAUGGAGGAUCGGUACCGCCACAUCUUGGGGGACUACAUCCGCUUCACGGGCUACCCCUGCUCCCGGACCUUCUACCAUCACCUCCGCCACGAGAUCCUCCAGGAGUUCACCCUGCACGACCACGUGCGUGAGGAGGCCCAGAUGUUCCUCCAGGCCUUGCAGGCCAAGAGGGCCCAGCAGGCGACUUUCGUGGGGGUCCACGUGCACCGGGGGAACUAUGUCCAUGUCAUGCCAAGGGUGUGGAAGGGCAUGCUGGCCGACCGGGGCUACCUGUGGCAGGCCCUGGACUGGUUCCGGGCUCACUACCGCAGCCCAGUCUUUGUGGUCACCAGUGAUGACAUGGCCUGGUGCCGGGAGAGCAUCAACAACUCCCUCCAGGACAUGGUGCUUGCUGGCAAUGGCCUUCAAGGCUCACCUGCCAGGGACUUUGCACUGCUCACACAGUGUAACCACAGCAUCAUCACCUUGGGCACCUUUGGGGUCUGGGCUGCCUACCUCACGGGUGGGGACACCAUCUACUUAGCCAACUUUACGCUGCCUGUCCCCUUCCACAUGGUCUUUAAGCCACAAGCGGCCUUCCUGCCAGAGUGGGUGGGCAUCACUGCUGACCUCAGGCAAGCCCAGCAGAAUAGCCUCUAG